AUGGCUUCUAAAGAAGCAAAAAUUCUCCAAAGGCGGGAAUACAUCGAAAAUGUCGUUGUCGUUUGGCUCAAUAAUGGAAUUAACACAAAAGAACCAAUCGAACAAUUGCGAGCGAUUAGUAAUGAUAUUGAGGUAUUCGAUAAUGUUGAUGACUGUAUUGAUUAUAUAACCAAUUUGAGAAAUGUACGUAUUAUAUUCAUUAUUUCUAACAUGACGAAUCCUUUUAUAUUUACACUUGCCCAAGAUCUUUCAGCGAUUUUUGCUGUUUAUAUUCUAUGCUUAUCAAAUGAAGAAAUAGAGAAAGAUUGGUCACAAUCUAUCCGAAAGAUCAAAGGAAUCUAUACGGAUACUGACCAAUUGAUCAGUCGAAUUAAGUUUGAUCUGCGUCGGAUCGAAGAUGAACUUUUCGGAUUCGAAGUCUUGGAAACGAUGAACAUUACGUACCCAACAUCAAGAAGCUGCAACAAACAAGAAUGUACAUUCAUGCAUUCACAAUUGUUGAAGGAAGUGUUUUUAAGAUUCGAAGAUGAUAGCACAGCAGAAUUGAUUUCGUAUUGCCGAACAAUUUAUGCUGAUAAUUCUUCUUAUUUGGCAAUUAUUGAUGAAUUUGAACGUCAAUACGACAAAAGUAGAGCGAUUUGGUGGUACACAAAAGAAUGUUUUCUCUACAAACUACUAAACAAAGCUCUUCGUACACAACAAGUUGAAAUACUAUAUCAUAUGCGUACAUUUAUUCGUCAUCUUCAUGAACAACUCGUUCAACUUUCUCCAAAAGAUAAUCAUGUUCACUUGACGCCAACACUCAAGUUAUAUCGUGGUCAAAGAAUGUCGAUUCGAGAAUUUGACUUGAAAUUGAAGAAUAACGAAGGUGGACUACUUUCAGUUUCGAACUUCUUCUCUACAAGUACCAAUCCGGGAAUGGCGCUCAUUUAUGCUGGAGAAUCCGAUCGUGAAGAAGCAGCUAUCGUUUUCAACAUUGCUAUUGAUUUGAAUCAUGCUAAGAACAAUUCAUUUGCUUGUAUAGAACGAUUCAGUCAUUUCGGAGACGCCGAAGGCGAAUGGCUGUUUUCAAUGGGAACUGUCUUUCGAAUUGGAGCUAUUGAGUUGACUGAUAAGACAUGGUAUGUGUGUUUGAAGUUAACUGACGACCGAGAUGAAACUUUGGGAAGAUUAACUAUUCAUAUGAGCAAAAUUAUUCAGCUACAACGUCCUAACCCAUUAGUGCCUCUCUGCCGUUUGUUUGCACGAAUGGACGAGUGUGAGAAGGCAAUGGAAUUAUGUAAAAAACAUAUUAGAUCAGAAAAUGACUGGGAAAUGCGAGCAACCUUACAUGACACUCUUGCUUGGACUAAUGCCGAAGACGAGGACAAUGUUUCAGCAUUGGAAAAUCAUCAACGUGCACUAAAUACUAUUGCGGAACACGUUGAUGCAAACGAUCCAUUGCUCGCUUAUUAUCACAGUAAUGUAGCAAUUAGCUGUACUGCAGUCAAUCAGUAUCAACAAGCAAUUGAACAUUAUAAAAGAGCCAUUCAACUUGAAAUGAAUACUUCACAGCCAGAUUAUACAAAUAUAGCUUAUUGUUACGAAAGUACGGGAAAUAUUCUUCAAUAUUCGUUUAGCGAAUAUAAUGAAGCAUUAAUUUACUACGAGCGUGCUCUAGAAUUAAUGCUUAUACAUCUACCAUUAGCUCAUCCGGACACGAUGUCAGUGUAUAAUGAGAUAGCUAACGUUUACGAAAAGCUGAAUGAGUUUGAUAAAGCUUCAAGUGUCUUACAAUUAUGUAUCGAACAGCUGGAAAAGAAUUCGGAAUGUGAUCCUCAUGAUCUCGCUCACACAUGUGAACACAUUGCUGAAAUCUACAAAAAGCAGAAGAAGUUCGACGAAGCAGCUGUAAUGUUAAACAAAUGUCACACAAUAAGAGCUGUUCACCCAUCAUCGAGAAGUUUGGACCUGGAGAAUAUUGAUGUCGAUGAUUUAUUUCGAAAGCUGUUUGUAUACGAUAAUAAAUCAUGA